CGUGGCUUUUGAAUUACAAAAACAUUACAUGAAUAGAGAUUAUCAUAUUACCUCUUAUAUUAUAAUAAAGCUAGAAAGUUGCUUAAAAGGCGCAUAGAGUGUUAGAGUAAAGAUGCUGCCUUUCUCUGGCGUUCUUAUCUUAGCACUUUUCACAGGAUUCGCGGAGACAAAGAAUGGUUCCGCUGAGUUCGACAUCAGACGAGACGUGUUGGAUGGAUAUGAUAAGGUGGUUCUCCCGGGCAAUGGCGAGAGACUCGCUGUCGAUUUCGCACUCACUAUCGAACAGAUUACGGAUGUGAAAGAUAAAGAACAAGUAGUGACCAUUAGCUGUUGGUACGUAAUUACAUGGCGAAACCCGUACCUUAAGUGGGACAAAGCAAAAUAUCAGAACAGAGACCGAGUUCACUUCGAUCCCAAGGAGAUCUGGGUACCAGAUAUCUCCCUCCUUAACAAUGGGGACAACACGGUGAAAAUGGCUGGGGGUCGUAGCAUCUUCCUGACAAAUGUAGUGGUUGAAAAUACUGGCAAGUGCAUCUGGAGCGGACCUGUGACCUUUACCUUCACUUGCUCCAUGGCGCUGUCUCGAUGGCCAUUUGACCAGCAGACAUGCGCCAUGAAAUUUGGCUCGCUCUCGUACGGGAGUAACCUGAUGGUCAUCUCCAAGUUUUCUACUAACGCCUCGAAAGCAGAUGACUUUCUUGAGAAUAGUAACUGGGAACUAAAGGAAGUCAGCAUAAAUGUGAACGAAACAGAUCAUGGCGACUGCUGUCCGUUCACUUACUCGCAAAUAACCUACACUCUGAAGAUGGCGCGAAAAUUCAAAUAUCAUCUGUUCUACCUGGUCGCCCCAUGUCUUAUCAUGGUCAUCUUGUCUCUAUUCAGCUUCUUUGUCCCAUCAGAAAGCGGCGAGAGAAUCGGCUUCGUCACAACUCUUCUCCUUGCCUUGAUGGUGUUCCUUCUUGUAGUGCCAGAUCUCAUUCCCGAGUCCUCAACCAGCAUCCCAAUUUUGGGCAUUUUCCUCAUGGCGACUCUGGUUAUGGUAAGUCUUAUUCUGAUGAUCACCAUAUUCGUCCUGGUGAUUUAUCACAAGGAAGGCGUCCCGCCACCAUGGAUCCAGAAAAUCUUCAGUGUCAAGCCCACGCCAACAAACCACGUGGAUGUAGAGUUGAAGUCACGGGAUAAUGGUUCAUCUGGGCCCGCACUACGCGUCGAGGACGCAAGGAAUGGUUACAGCAGCCCUGCGAGCACUGCUGGACCCCCCAAGGUUUUCCUGGAAGACACCGAGAACAAUCACUUGACGUAUGCGAAGAUUUCCGAGAAGCUUGAUAAUAUCUUCUUCGUGAUGUUUGUUGUGGUCGCUUGUGUGAUGUACAGUUCGAUCCUGACGCAGAGGGAUGAAUGAUGUUUUCAUAAUGAAGAGACGUAAUAGGGGGUGGGGCACUGGGGACAUGCCACCAUUCCCCCACCCCACCCCAAUAUGUUAAAAAAUUAUAAGAAAAUGACCAGUAGGGGCGUGGCUGUGCCCCCAAUAUUUUCUUAAUGUUUUAUUUAUU